AUGAGGGACGAGAGGGAAGCCGCCGCCGCUGCCUCCCGCUCCGGCCCCGGCCGAGCCCCGCAGCACUGCCAGCAGCCGGACGGCGGCGCGGAGAGCCUGCGGAACGGCUACGUGAGGAGCUGCGCGACCCCCCUGCGGCAGGACCCCCCGAGAAGCUUCCUCUCGCUGCUGCUGCUCCCCGCCGCCGCCUCCUCCUCCUCCUCCUCCUCCUCCUCCUCCUCCUCCUCGUCCUGCUGCCGGGCUCUGCUCAGCCUGGCCGCCCUGGCCGCCCUCGUCCUCUCGCUGCUGGCUCUGCCGGGCCGGGGCAGCGCCGGGGGCCAGCAGGACGGGAGCGGCUGGCGGAGCCCCCGGCCGCUGCACGCCUUGCUGAGCCUCUCCCGCUGCCUCAGCCCGCUCUUCAGCAUCGCCUGCGCCUUCUUCUUCCUCACCUGCCACCUCGCCCGCGGCGGCGCGACCCGCUGGUGGCUGCUGGCGCUCCCCGUGUGCUGCUACUCGGGGGACUUCGUGGCGCUGCAGUGGCUGCUGCCCCCCGCGGGGCGCCAGGAGGAGCCCCGAGCCCCCGGCGAGCCGCAGAUGGUGGCGGGCAGGCUCCUGACGGUGCUGGGCUCGGUGGCGGCGCUGACCCUGCUGCAGAGCUCCCCGAAGCUCCGCCGGAGCCUCCUCGUCUUGCUCUUCUCCAGCCUGGUGUGGCUGGUGUCGCUCGGCAGCCUCCACUCGCUGCCCCCGGCCCUCCGCCCGCUGCUGGCCGGCUCCGUCGGGGCGGCGGGCUGCCUCCUAGCCCUCUGCGGCGGCGAGCGCGGCGUCCUGGCGGCCCGGAGCCGGGCGGCUCCCCAGCAGCAUCCCCAGCACCCGCGGCUGCCCUGCGCGGAGGAAAAAGUGCCCGUGAUCAGACCCAGGAGGAGAUCGAGCUGCGUGUCCUUAGGGGAGACUUCGGCCAGCUACUACGGCAGCAGCAAAAUGUUUCGGAGGCCCUCGCUGCCUUGCAUUUCCAGAGAGCAGAUGAUACUUUGGGAUUGGGAUUUGAAGCAAUGGUACAAACCCUAUUACCAGAAUGUUGGCAGUGGAAAUGGAGUUGAUCUUUCAGUACUAAAUGAGGCUCGGAGCAUGCUAACAGACCUCCUGACAGACCCAUCCCUCCCACCGCAAGUGAUUUCUUCCCUUCGAAGCAUUAAUAGUUUGAUUGGUGCAUUCUCAGCCACAUGCAGGCCAAAGGCCAAUCCAUUCACACCAUUUCCUGGUUUCUUCCCAUGUCCUGAAGUAGAAGAUCCUGCUGAAAAAGGAGACCGAAAGCUGUUCAAGGGGUUAAAUAGCAGGAAUAGCCUACCAACACCACAGCUGAGACGAGCUUCAGGAGUGUCUGGCAUUCCACCUAUAGAAUUGCAAUCUUCUAGAUGGGAACGGAGUAACAGCAAGAGAUCUCAUCAGGAAUAUAACACAUCGAGCCAAGGAACUCAUUCAAAUGGGUCGUUUGGUGCAACCCUGCUGACAAUACCAAAACAAAGGUCAUCUUCAAUAACAUUGGCGCAUCAUAUAAGUUCCAGACGAACAAGUGCUUCUCCUGGCCUGAGUCCUGUGGGUUCACCUAGUCAUGGAUCUGUCUCCAGUGGGACCCUCAGCAGCUGGUCACCUGUAGAAUUUCCUGAUACUGCCGAUUUUCUUACAAAACCAAGCAUUAAUAUUUAUAAGUCUCCAGCAUACACAUUUAAUUCUUCAGAUUUUCAGCAGCAAGUUAAAACACCUAUAGGUCAUGUGUGUAGCAGCUGUGGAUGUCACAUACUCAAGGCUGUUCCAACACCAGAACAAGAAUUUGCAGAAUAUAAAGACAAAAAAUCAGGUGAAGGUGGAAGCAAGAGUGUUCCAAAAGAAUCUUUCUACCAUACAGAGAAGACAAAAGAUGAAAAGAAGGAAAUAAUCAUUCAAACACAAAAUAGUCCACUUGUGGAGCAGAAUCCUACAUUAGAAACAAUUUUAAUAGAACAUGACUCACUAAUGGAGAAAAUGAACAAUUGGAACUUUCAAAUUUUUGACCUUGUACAAGAAAUGGGAGACCAUUCUGGAAGGAUACUUAGCCAGGUAACUUAUACUUUGUUUCAAGACACUGGUUUGUUUGAGAUUUUCAAAAUUCCAAUUCAAGAAUUCAUGAAUUACUUCUGUGCGCUGGAAAAUGGCUACAGAGAUAUUCCCUAUCACAAUCGUAUACACGCCACGGAUGUUCUUCAUGCAGUAUGGUAUCUGACAACACGGCCCAUUCCUGGAUUUCAGCAAAUUCAUAACGAGCAUAUAAUGGAGAGUGAUAUGGAUGAAGCUAGUGGUGUUGCCCCUGUUCAAGUCAACUAUAUUUCUUCAAAAACCUGUUCAGUUGCUGAUGACAGUUACGGGUGCCUGGCAUCAAACAUUCCUGCCUUGGAAUUGAUGGCUUUAUAUGUAGCAGCGGCCAUGCAUGAUUAUGAUCAUCCUGGCCGUACAAAUGCUUUUCUAGUAGCUACAAAUGCACCACAGGCUGUUCUCUACAAUGACAGAUCAGUCUUAGAAAAUCACCAUGCUGCUUCUGCCUGGAAUCUUUUCUUAUCACGACCAGAAUACAACUUCUUAUCAAAUCUUGAUCACGUAGAAUUUAAGCGUUUCCGUUUCUUAGUGAUUGAAGCAAUCCUUGCCACAGAUCUCAAGAAGCAUUUUGAUUUCCUUGCAGAAUUUAAUGCCAAGGUCAACGAUAUCAACGGUCAUGGUAUAGAAUGGAGCAAUGAAAAUGAUCGCUUGCUUGUCUGUCAAAUAUGCAUCAAACUGGCAGAUAUUAAUGGCCCAGCAAAAGUUAGAGAGCUGCAUCUGAAAUGGACAGAAGGCAUUGUUAAUGAAUUUUAUGAACAGGGUGAUGAGGAGGCAAGUCUUGGAUUACCUAUAAGUCCCUUCAUGGAUCGCUCUUCUCCACAGCUUGCAAAACUACAAGAAUCUUUCAUCACUCACAUAGUUGGCCCCCUUUGUAAUUCCUAUAACGCAGCUGGGUUGCUUCCAGGGCAAUGGGUUGAUGAAGAGGAGGAUGCAGAAAGUAAUGAAGAUGAUGAUGGAGCACAGUCAGAGAGUGAUGAUGAAGAAAUAGAAGAUGAUCUUAUUUUAAAAGCUCAAAGAAGAAAAGGUAGACGACGAAUAUUUUGCCAGCUGAUACACCAUCUAAGUGAAAAUCACAAAAUAUGGAAGAAAAUGAUUGAAGAAGAAGAAAAAAAUAAAGCUGAAGGAGCUAAACUGCUGACUGAGAACUCAUCUUUACCUCAAGCAGAUGAAAUUCAGGUUAUUGAGGAAGCUGAUGAAGAAGAUGAACGACAGCUAGGAGAAGAAAAGACAUGCUGAAAAAACUUCAGUCAUGUCCAGUACGAGGACAGAAAGCUUAUAUAUAUCUAUAUCUAUUUUCACUGUGUUGACUUUAGCCUAACACAGUUCACUUAAAAUUGAAAGGCCUUAAUACUGUGAGAGGAUUCUUUCUACUCCAGUGGAAUCCCUAUGCACUUUCGCCACACAGAAUACGAAACUUUAUUCAAAGAUUGAGUAUUGUAUACCCUGAUGCAAAGUUCUUUAUGCCUAAGUUGGUAUAAAAUAUUCUGAUAUAAUGCUGCCUUGCUGAAAAAGGAACUUCUAUUUUCCUUGAGGUACCUGCAGUUUUUAAAAACAUUCAGUGACUUUCGUUACCAAAGUGGCAAGAACUUUUUGCUAACAAGGAAAUGUUGGAUGAAUUCUAAUAUUGUGAUGAGUUGUGUAUUUCAUGUUGUUUUUGAACAUGAAUAAGACAAAGUCUGUGCCUGUAUGAAAACCAUGUUCCUGUUGCAGUGCAAGCCUGUUGUGGGGUGUCUACUUAGUGCAAUAGUGUGCUUAAUGUAGUCAUCUCAGAGCAACUGUUCAAGGACUGUGACAUAAAUGCUAAAUUCUGGUAUUUGUGGUUUAAAAAAAAAAAAAAAAAGGAAAAAAAAAUCAGGUGCAUCUAUUUCUGAUGCUUUUUAUUCUUGUGCAUAAUCUGAUGUUUUAUUUUUGCAGAAAAUAUUCAGGUUUGCAGUGGGUGUUCAUGAUAAUUCAUUGAAUAUAAGGCCGUUAUCUGUUGCCUUGCUGUUUUGUGGUAGAACAUUAAAAAUCUGUUCAGCUACUUAAAUUAUUAAGGGAUUUUAUUCUCUAGUUAAAAUGUUAUAUCUCCUGCCCUUUCUCAGGUUCCUGUUUAAAAACAAUUCAACCACACAAUAGAUUUUAUCUUGCACCGAUUUCUGGUAUUAAAUUUUAAAGUAAUAAGAUUGUA